AUGGCUCUUUCAGUUUUUCUUCUGCUCUCAAUCAGCAUCUGCUUCCUCGUUUUUUUACAAGAUCUUCUUCUCUCUGUUGACGCGCAAUCAUACAAUCAAACUCAACCUUCAGUUACGCCAAUCGACUACGAUCUCUACCAUUCCAGUCACAAUUUGAUGGAGGAGAUCAGGGCCUUGGUCCACCGUCACCCGGACAAACUCACUAUGGAGACAAUGAAAGCUGCAAACAAAGGCUAUGGUGCUGACAUUACUGUGGUUACUUAUGGCAAGGAAAAGGAAAAAAAUGAUAAGAGGUCAAAGCUUCGGAUUCUACUUAGUUUUGGGCAGCAUGGAAGGGAGCUGAUUACCACAGAACUUGCUUUAAGGAUUUUGUUCAUAUUAAGUGAAGAAAAACUUCUACCCAGCAUGGAUCAAGCUUCCUUAAACAGUGUACUUGACAAGCUUGUCAUAAAGGUGGUUCCGAUGGAAAACUUGAAUGGCCGCAAAGUUGUUGAAGCUGGAGAUCUCUGUGAGAGAAGAAAUGGUAGGGGAGUUGAUCUCAAUCGAAAUUGGAGUGUAGAUUGGGGCAAAAAGGAGAAGGAUUAUGAUCCAUAUGAGGAGAAUCCUGGAAUUGCUCCAUUCAGCGAGCCUGAAAGUCAAAUUAUGCGGAAUCUUGCCAUGUCUUUUGAACCACAUCUAUGGGUAAAUGUGCACUCUGGAAUGGAGGCUCUUUUUAUGCCUUACGAUCAUAAAAACAAAACACCAGAUGGAUUGCCAUUGAAACAUAUGAAGUCAUUGCUUGAAGAAGUAAGCCAUCUUCAUUGCCAAAAGCGCUGCAUGAUUGGGUCUGGAGGCGGUUCAGUCGGGUAUUUUGCACACGGGACAGCAACUGAUUUCAUGUAUGAAAUUGUGGGGGUACCGAUGGCUUUCACCUUUGAGAUAUAUGGAGAUGGAACGGCUCCAGCAAGAGACUGUUUCAAAAUGUUCAAUCCCACCGACUUUGCUACUUACGAUAGAGUUCUCAGUGACUGGUCUGCAACAUUCUUUACAAUUUUCAAAUUGGUGCCGCACCAGCUUGGUGAUUAUUCGAAAGCAUCUAUUAUGAAACUAGAUAGGUUGGUAUCAAUAGAUGAAUAUCUAGACGGGUAUUUGAUGGAGAGAAGAAAUAGAUAUGGAAAAAAGAUGGAGGUGCUUGAGCUUGGAAUGCAAGAAAUAAGAACAUAUUUUAGGCUAUUUCUACUCUCUUCAGUGUUAUUAUUGUUCAUGUUCUGUUCUAGAAUUUCAAAAAGCAAGUGUAGUAGACCAAUUCCUUCUGCUAUACCCCUCUAA